AUGUCGACCGAUAUACCAAGACUCGACCAGACUUUCAAAAAAGGUGCAAAGGUUCCAUAUGGAUACUCAUUGAUAUACUGCAACCCGAUAUCGACCGAAGAUGAGUUGGGUAUGGAUGGGUUUGAUAAUUAUCACGCACCAACGAAUGAGAACACGGAUCUGUUCCGCAGACGUAUGUGGGUGGCAGGAUCUUUCACAUACAACACGAACAACCCAUUGAGGUUUGGAGAUGACGUUUCUUUUACAGAAACUGUUGCCAAGAUCCAGCAGUAUAAGCAGUUCCAGCAGAUUGGUAUUGACUACAAACGAGUGUACAGCAUAAACUCGCAGCCGUCUGUGACAGAAACACGACGACUAUAUUACAUACAGUCGAAAUACGAAACUGAAUGGCCCCCACUCACAGAAGAUUUAGCGCCAGAUUCGAGCAUCACAGUUACCCCAUCCAGGGUGGGGGUGUUUCGGGCAAGUGCCCUGGUGUUCAAUUCGCAUCUAAUCCAUUACAAUCCUACCUAUGCGCUCGAGGAGGAGAAUUACCCGAACAUUGUUGUAUCUGCACCGCUGCAGAUUCUAAUGGCACUGCAGUAUUGGCAUACAAAACACUCCACCGCUGAUCUGCUCUCCUUCAGAUAUAAAAUAUUGAGUCCGUCAUUUGUUGACAGCGAGCUCAACAUAUGCACCAAGAAGUUGACAGCUACAUCACACAAGCUGUGGAUGACCACUAAAGACAACCGUGUGUGUUUCACAUCUAAGCUGGUUACUGCAUAA